CCUCCAUCAAAGAGCCGACGUCCCACCGCGUCUUGUCGGGGAUUCUCUACCGCUUCUGUACCUACUACUAGUACCGUCCUCAAACUCUGCUCGACUCUGAGCUUACCUGUACUGAACUCCACGAACAUGUCUGCCCUGACUCGACGGCUGCAUUCCACCCAAUCGCAAUCGAAGGGUAAGGAACCCGCAAAGGCACCACAUGACGAGCACGAGCGCAAACAUGAACAUGAACACGAACGUGACCAUGACCACGCGGCGCACAACCAGGCGGAUUCGCAUUCUCAUUCGCACGGCGUAUUCUCUCUUGGACACUCUCACUCGCACGGCGACACUGUUGGGCACGGGGAUGCAGAGAAGGUGGUCGCAGCUCUCCAGGGCGCAGGCGACAGAGGCAGCAGAAUAACACUCGUUGGUCUUGCCUCGAAUGUGGCUUUGUCAAUAUCCAAGGGUGCGGCAGGGUGGUACAUGAACUCUGCUUCGUUGCUGGCAGAUGCGGGGCAUACUGCAGGGGACCUCAUUGGAGACCUCAUCACGCUAUUCUGCUGGAAGCUGUCCCGUAAACCGCCUUCAGAAACGUACCCGCGCGGUUACGCCAAAUUUGAAGUCUUGGGCACCGCCGCAGUGUCUGUACUGCUCACGGGCGGUGCCAUCGGCCUUGGACUGCACUCGCUUACCAUUCUCAUGGAGUCGCUCGCGCAGUCAGCAGCGGCGAUGCCACCAGGACCGCUGCAGGAUGUUCUUGUCAAUGUCACGCAUAUCGCUCAUAUAGUGCCUUCUGUCGCGUCCGAGCAUUCGCAUUCGCACGCGCACGCCUUGGAUCCGAAUGCUGCGUGGUUUGCCGCGGUCGGUGUCAUCUGGAAAGAGUGGCUGUUCCGUGCAACGAAGAAGGUCGCGGAUGAGGAGCGCAGCCCGGUGCUGUUCGCCAAUGCGCUGCAUCACCGGAGCGACAUGUACGGCAGCCUUGUUGCGCUCGUCGCCAUUCUUGGCACCUGGUACUGGCCCAGCCUGCCCCUUGAUCAGAUUGGGGGCCUCGUCGUGUCCUUCCUGAUCCUCCAACAAGGCUGGGGCAUCACCAUGACUUCCUUCCGGCAAUUGACCGAUCACGGCGUGAGCCCUUCGACGAGGACCUCCCUGAUCCGUGCCCUCGAACCCCUGCUCGCCCAUCCGCACUCGCCCUCGGGUACUCUUCCCCAGCAGGCUCCCACGGCGGAGCAGCUUCUAGGGGUCAAGGACCUCCGUGCGACGCGCUCAGGCGCGCAGAUGUUCGUGGACCUGACCGCGAGGGUCCCGAGUACGCUGAGCGUGGCGGACGCAAGCACACUCGAGGGCAAGAUCUCGCGGACCCUGAAGGAUGCCAAGAAGGAGAUCGCAGAGGUACGGGUCAGGUUCGAACCAGAAAACAAGGAGUAGAGCAUUGGGGAACGUGACGGACGGGCACGGUCCAUGGAAUGGAGCCAGUAAUACCCAUGUCCGUCGUGUAUCGUGUAAUUUUGGCGGACAGAUGUAUGUAAGCUAGAGCGUACUGAUUACAUGUACUCUGUUCUGCUCCGGGCUGCGUCGGGCUGUAGUAUGUUAUGGUGGGUCCGCCGCCUU